AUGCGAAAAACUCGACAACGUGUGGGAGUUCAAUUGCCGCCGAUUGAGCCGAGCCUGCCGUCAAGCAACGCCACUGUGCUAUCUGUGACAGCUGCGAGUGCUGAGAUGUCUUUGGAGUCGCAGCACAGAGACCAUGGGACUAUGGAGCGGGAUCUCAAGGUUCUCACUUACACGCUGCACCCCAGGGUCCGGGCACAGGGAUCAGGAUCGGCCGGGCAUUAUGAAAGGCCAAGAAAGAACGUGGCUCGGUGA